AUGUAUGAGUGUGACGACGGGCCUGCACGGGCACGGGCACGGGCAGGGGCCGUGACGGUGACGCCGACGCCGACGUUUUUUCGGCCGGCGGCGUCCGCGAUAGGGGAGCUGUGGUGCGCUGGUGCUGGACUUGCUGGGCAAUACGAUCAUCGCACAGCACCCUCCACUCCCCUCCCCACCCCCAUCGCUCCCACCGAAGGGGCCACGCUUCGUGCCCUCGCAGCCGCAGCCGCGGCCGCCGCUUUUCACUCGCGCUCUUCCUCACAGGCCGCGGCCGCCGCCCUGCCCUCGUCGUCGCCCGCCGCCCUGGCCGAGUCCGCCGCUACCGCCCGUCCGCCCGAAGCCUCGCACGCAGCCGCAAGCCUCACAGUUGGGACGAUGGCCAAGGCGCCGCAGGAGCAACGAGGGAAAGGAGAGAAUGUUUGUGGAGAACCACCAACGUCUUCAUCUGAUGAAAAGCUCUGAGAUGGUUAACUUAGGUUGGUACUUCUGAACCUUGUUUUGCAGAACUAUUGUGGUGAUUCGCUACUCAUAAUUGCCUCCAAGAGUUUUCCUGGAUGAGUCUAUUUCAUAUUCUAAAUACAGCACCGAGAGUUGCUGAAAGAAGCGUGUACAGUAAAACAUUGACUUCUACUUUUGGUAUUGGUUUCAACAUGUUUUUCACUCUUGGACUCUUUGUCAAUUAUGUUGAAUAUUUCAAUGUAGAAGCCACAUUGAAUUUGUAAUCAUAUAUACUGAUUGGACACAAUUACGAAGGCACUUGCUGACAGAGCCAAGCAAUGAGAUUGAAGUUGGAUCUCUGAUUCAGUACUUGAGCUGAAUGGAAGUUACAUAACACUGUGACUGGAAAGUGUUUGAAGUCAUAAUUUUUCAAUGUCGAAGCUCUUAGUGAAGAACUCAUAUUUCGUUCUA